AUGUCCAGCAAUCUUCCCGCAAAGGGUCAGAAACGACCAGCGUCGACGAUACUAGACGGAGCAUCUGAGGUCAUUCAGAAGAAAACUCCGCCUCGGCUUCGAGCUACAAACGGCGAAGCAUACGCUGGACCUCCGUCGCCGCCUCUCUCUGUCGCAUCUGCGUCCAGCCCAACUCCGCCCACGAAUCCCACCUUCAGCUUCGGGGAUGCUGUGGGUCCACCUAAAUCCCUCACGACUUUCCCUGGGCCGCCGCCACCUCCACUAGUGUCCAAAAUUCCCGCUCACAGUCUCCCUACUGUGUACUUUCCCCUUCCUCGACCUACACCUCCACCAUUUGUGCUAGACGGGGGUCCCGCCUCCACAGGUUUGGGACCGGCACCACCCCGUCCGCCAUUGCUUCCCUCUUCUAGGGAGAUUGCUCUUCACGGCAAGGUGGAAGAAUUGGAAGCGAGCCUGGUCGUCGCAAGAGAGGAGAGGAAGCAAUACAAGGAGCACAACCUGACCUUGAAGAACCGAGAACAGAAGUGGAAGGCGGAGCGGGAAUUGUUGAGAGGGAGCCUGAGGGACAAGGAGAGACUGCUAGACUAUCAGCGGAUAGAGAUGAAGGAGCUGGAGGCGCAGAUCCAGGAGGCGCACGCUGUGAAGGAGGAGCGAGAUGCACUGAAGCUUCGAUCUGGCGCACUGGGAUGUAUUGUUUUCGGUUGUAGAUUUUAUAGCGCAUUGUACCUGAUUCCAGCCGGCGAUAUGGUCCCGACACCUACUGCGGAUGCCACCCCUUCCGACCCCUCGGAGCAUAUCCCAGAUGCGGUCCCCGCUUUCUCGACCAUCGCUGAAGCGGAAGCGUCUCUCUCACUCGGCGCCCCACCGUUCCCUUUAAAACGGAGCAGCCCUAGCUCGGUCGACCCCGUCAUCCGACUCGAUCAGAUCGGUCGGCCUCCCCAGAAAACAACCCAAGCGGGAGGCCGGAAGUCUACCACCCUUGCUGUGGAGCCUGACGAGGGAGAAUAUGAGGCUAUUGAGGGGGACGACUCCUUGAGACCAACGGAAAAGGAGCUGGACGGCUUGUCGGCAGAAGCGCAAAGAGAGUUGUAUGGCUCGCGGCAGUCGAUGUUCAAGCGAGCUCGGAAGAAGUUGUAUGACCAGACGCUGGAAGAGUCUGCCUCUGAGUUGGACGGAGUGACGGCGGAUCCACCAUCCGAGCUCGUCUCAGCCAGAUUGAAACUGGGCCAAUCAGGUGACGCAGAUCUCGCGGCUCCGACGGUAGAGUCAAUGACUAUAUCGCGCUUGCCCACAAGCAUAACGGCUGCAAGAACGCCUCGGGCGUCCUCUCCAUCAUCAUCAUCACCACCACCACCACCUCCCUCUCAACAAACUCUGGGCGACGGCGGCACAUCGGCUUCUACAGCCCCUGACGUAUCAUCAGAUCUAUCAGACUCUAUAGAUCCAUCAUCCUCCCUCCUCACCAAUGGACCCCCAACCCUCAGCCAUAUUCACUCAACAAGCCGCUUCACACCUCGCGCUCUCAAACGGACAUGCAGGGAGAGUGUGACAGCUACGGCUUCGUCUUCCAAGCUCUCUCUGCUCGAGUCCUCAUCAGAUGGGGACGGACCACCUUCCAUCCUACAUACAGACAUCGGGGGCUCCGCCGCUUCCGGUCUCGACUCGCCGAUCAUGGGCGGUCGCAAACACUCUGACUCGGCGCGCGCGGGUCAGAGUCUACUGCCCGAUCAGGGACUGGAAGAGAUGCACGGAGGCAGUAAGCGGAGGCGGCUAGAUGAGGUGGAGGCGGAGAGCGAGGGGCCCGAAACAAGUUACGAGCAACUUUGGGUCCUGCUGGAGAAGGAGAGGGAGAUGACCAGAGUCCUCGAGGCGGAGAUCGCUGAGCAAGCCCCGCUUCACCAACGUCCAGUCGAUACUGUUGCUCGGCUCGGAAGCACUCAGCCUGCGGACAUCAGCAAGGAUGUGGAGGACCUGCGCCGCCAACUCCGCAUCGCGGGAUCGGCGGCCGAGGAGAGGAGGAACGAAGCGGGAGAGCUUGAAAUAAAGCUCAAAACGGCCGACUUUGUCAACAAGCUCGCCCGGAUGAAAGUCGACGAGGCCAAGAGGACCUCGGCGGUCACUGCGGCGGAAAAUGAGAUGCUCAAGACGACACUUGACGUCUCCAUCUCGGAUGCCGCGCGAGAGGCGAAGGACUCCGACUCCCAGGAGAUGGAGUUCAUUCGCUCGGCUGCGCGCAAGUUGCGGGCACAAAGGGACGAUCUGACGAGGGAACUCGCGAGCGAGAGCAACGAGGUGCGCCGACUCAAGGAGGAAGUGCGCCAACACAAGGAUAUACACGUCGAUUUGGUCGGCCAGCGGACGAAACUGUACAAGCAGAUCGACAUCCUCCAGCAGCAGCUCGACCAGCGGCCGGCCCCGAACGAAGGGGCACUUCUCUUCGCCAAAGCCGAGAACAAACGGCUCCUAGCGGAGGCGGACACGUUUGACAGGACGCUGAACGAGCUUGUGAGCGAUUUCAAGAAGGAUGAACGCACUCUCCAGAACGAGAAGGCUCAUCUCGCUCGUCAGCUCGAGGAAUCGAGAGAGAGGGUGGAAACCUCAGACAGGGCUCGGACGGAGGCGGAAACACGAGCAACGGCGGCAGAGGGCAGGGCAAGGCGGGAAGUGGAAGGUUACCGGAGCGAAGCGGUUGAGUUGCGACAGGCGGUCGAGGCGCUGAAGUCGGAGAUGCGCGCAGCCGCCGGACAUCAUGAGCGCCGGAGCGAAGAGGCGCGGCUCAGGGAGGAGCGUUUGGGGACAGCUCUGGUAAGCGCGAAGGAGCGCGCGCGGGCCGCGACGGAAGGCGCAAAUCGCGAGAUUGAUGGAUGUCGGGCUGAGCUGGCCGAUCUGCGGAACGAGAUCGCUGCACUCAACUCUGAGCGAAGGGAUCCCACCGCCGAAGCGGCCUGGCGCCCUGCUCUGUUGGGAUGGGAAGAUCGAUCAGAGGGGUCGGCGGGUAGUAGCUUGGGCAGGAGGCUGUCCCAUAUCGGGUCGAGUUACGGCGGGGAAGCAGACGAGGAAGAGCAGGAGGAGAUCGUGCCAAAACUGGAGUUGGUCCUGGCGCGAUCCGACCCAUCGAAGGUCAGCAAAUCGCAGCACUACACGUCGCGCGAUUCGGCAUCCCUCCGCCUAGCUUCUCUGACGCCGGAGCUCAGAGUGUUCGUCACCGACCUCGUCGACCGUCUUCGUAAAAGCGACCAGAAGGUCGAUGACCUCUCGGCGGCACUCAGAAAGGCGGCCGACACAAACAAAGAUAUAGAUGCCAACCUGAUCACCUCCACCGAGGACAGGGUGACUUCAUAUCGGCUAGAGGUCGAAAAGGCUGUUGCCGCCAGGCAAUCGUCCGAGGCCGAGGUCCGAACCCUCCGCACGGCUCGAGACCAACUCUCGAGUCUCAAUGAACGUCUCGUCCGCGAGAAGGCGGAUCUCGCGGAUCAGCUCUGUAAGAUGGAACAACAAUACAUCUAUGAGACCCGGCCCGACGAUGCUCUCAGACAGCAACUCGCUGAGGCCCGUAAGCACGUCGCAAAGCUCGUCGAGAACAAGGCGUCCGCAUCUCGGUAUCAGGCGGAUCGCGACAAGGCUCAGGCAUAUGCCACGCGGUAUCUGAGGGAGCGCAACGAAGCCAGGAAGGAUCACAAGGCCUUGGACGAGAGGCGCCUGUCCCUGCAGCGGCACUUCGAGGAAUUGCAGGGCCAGUUGUCGGGGCUUCGCGCAACAGCCGAGGCGUCUGCUAUCGCUGUCAAAGAGGCGAGAGCGGAGGUCACUGCUGUGCGGGAAGAGAUAGCGCUCAGUUCGGAGCGCGAGGCGGGCUUGAAGGAGGGACUGGAGGUGCUUCAGUCCACCAAUGAGAUGCAGGCGGAACUCGUCGACUCCUAUCAUAAGCGGCAGGUCGGACAUCGGUCGACCAUCACCCAGCUUGAGACCACCAUCAGUGGCCUGGAGGGGAAGCUCGCGGGGCUUCACCGACAAUCCGGGGACGACGCUCGGGGUGACCAGGCGUCGGCGAUGGAACUGGCUGCUAUGCGGGACACGCUCGCCGGCGUCGAGCGCAACCUCGCAGCUACAGAACAUCAACGCGACUACGCGGUCACUGCGGCGGCCACGGCAAGGCAGUCUAGCUCCGAAGCUGCGUGGACGAUGGCCAAGCAGCAGAAACGGCUCGUGGAAGCGGACACUACCGCUUCGCAGCAGGCAACCAGACUUGAUGCCGCCAACGACGAACUGGCCCGGCAGCGGACUUUAGUCGCCAACCUCGAAGCGGAAACUAAGCGGUCGGCGGAACGCAUCUCUGAGCUGGAUAGCCGCAAUUCGGAGCUGCAGAAGCUCAGCGAGGAGGCAUCGCAAGCGGCCGAGAGGGGUCGCCAAGUCAUGGACACGCUAAGGGCAGAGAAAGCGAAUUUGAUGGCCGAAGCGGGGGCACGCGAGCGUCAACUUGACGCCCUCACUACCGACCUCACGGCGAGGCAGAACACAAUCCAUACCCUCGCAGCCAGCGUCUCCCGCUUCAAGGCAGAAUUGGACACCGUCAAUCAGUCGGACGCACAGCCCGCGGCGUAUCUCUCGGACAAGGACGCUCUGCGGAACCAGCUCUACGCGGCGAACGAGCGCCUCACUGGGCAUGCGUACGAAGCCGCCGAGGCGGUGAAGAGAGCAGAGGCUGGUGAGUCGCGGGCGGCGGCGGCCGAGGCAAAGCUCGAGGCGGCGGAGGUCAAGGCGGAUGCUUUGGACGCCGAACUUGGGGAAUUGGCGGCCGACAAAUUCGGUCUGUCACAAGACCUUGAUCGGGCGCUUUUGGCGGAGAAGAGCUCGGGUGAAGUACAGCAGCAGCUGCAGGCUUCGGUCGACGAGAAGGAGGCAGAAUUGCAGUCUGCAAAAGCCCGUAUCGGCGCGCUUCAGCAAAGCGUCAUCAACCAUUCGCUCGAGACUUCCCAGUCCUCGUCACUUGUCAACAAGCUCCGGGAGGAUAUUGCUCGUCUACUCGGCGAACGCGACACUGCCGUCGCGUCCACUCAAAGCCAAAGAGUCAAUGCGCACGAGCUCGAAACUGCCAACGAUACCAUCCGGAACCUCCAAAAGACGGUCGACGUCCAGACCGGUGACUUGUCUGAGAAGGACUCCCUCGUGGCGUCACUGCGGGCGGACCUCGUCCGGAUGCAGGAAGGCGCUCAGCUGUCAGCUGAGACCUGGCAGAAAGGAGCGGAGCGCCAGGCCUCAGACCAUGCCGCUAAGAUGCAGCUGCUCGAGGCUCGCUUGUCGAAUCAAGCAGGGACGGCGGAAACGGCGCAAAAGCGGCUCGGUGCGCUGGUCCUCGAGCUGGGGAAAGCAAGGGCGGAAGUCAAGAAGGGCCAGGCGGAUAUCGAGGUCUUGAAAGUUGAGCGGGCGCAAGCGGAGAGGAUGAGGCUGGAGCUGGAGGUAAUGAAGACAGACAAGGCGGAGCUCGUGCGACGGACUGGAAUGGCGAAUUCACAGCUGGACAUACAUCGCUCCGCGGCUGAUGACGCUCGCUCGGCUCUGGCGACUGUCCAGGCCGAUCUCGAGGCCAAAGCUGUCGCUCUUGCAGGGGAGACAGCUAAGGCUGCGUCCCUGCAGUGUGAACUGGAUCGUCUCACCACCGAGAUCAAGACCGUCAUCCUCGCUCGGGACCAAAUCUCUGCCAACAAGCAGGCGCUGUCGGACCAGCUCGGUCAACAAGCGGAGCGUAUUCGGGCGCAGGAUGCGGCGGCCGAGGAGAAUGAAACUGCCCUCCAGCGGUUGGUCGCGCGAGCGGGACUUGCCGAGGCGCACGUCAACGCGCGGAUGGCGGAGUGCGCGGGGCUGCAAGCCGAGAUGGAGACGUCGAAGAAGGAGCACAAGGCGGCGAUAGCGGCCGGUACGACAAAGCGGGAUGAACUUGUCGAGGCGGCGAGGGUAGGAGAGGAGAGGUUGAGGGGGAUGAAGGAGGACAAGGAGCGCUUCGAAGCUGAGCUGGGCGAGCUACGACGAGUUCAUGAAGCCGCAGCUACGGCGAGCGCGUCUUCCGCUAGCGAAGCGGAAGAGAAGUUGAAGGGGUUGGAGUCGGCGGUGGAGCGCUCGAAGGCGGAGAUGACCAAGCUGCGGGAAGCGCACAAGGUGGCUAUGGCGGCUUCGGCGCAGGAGGCGGAGAGUAAGAUGAGCCGAAUUGGGGGGGAGAAGGACGGUUUGAGUGCGGAACUGAGCAUGCUCCGGCGGGUCCAUUCCACGGCAACCAUCACGAUCUCGGGGCAACGUAAGCAGCUUGCCGAUGCGGAGAAGCUCGCAUUGCAGACCUCGAUCGAGUGGAAGGAAGAGAAGGAGAAGCUGGUGGCCACUGAGAGGCAGAUCAGGGAGGAGCUUCAGGCCUCGGCGGGAAUCAUUGCGGACCUAGGACAAUCGCUCGCCGCCGGUACCGCGGUGAUCACGGCCAAGUUAGCCGAGGUCGACUCGCAUGCGGUCGAGAUCACCCAUCUCAGAUCGCAAAUUGCCACUGCAGGCCGGGAUGCAGAGACUGCGAGGUCGGAGCGUACGGCUCGACAAGCCGAGCUUGACGAGUCAAGGAUCACCAUCGGUCGGAACCAGUCUACUAUCGACGGGCUCAAAGUCGACGUCAAAAAUCGGGACGUGAAGCUUCGGACUACGUCGGAGGAUCUGCUGGCUGUUAGUGCCACGGCGGCCGUUCGGCUGAAGGAGCUCGAGGUGGUCAAGCUUGACUUAGCCGCGAGGCAAAAGUACAUCGGUGCCCUCGAGGAGGGUGACACUCGCCUUCAGUCGGAACUCAACUCGGCCAAACGGUACGCGAAUGAUGCGGCUGAUCAGGCAACGAAAAGGCGCGCCCACGUUCAGAGCUUGGAAGCGAAAGUCCAGCGCCUCGAAAAACAGGCCCAAACGACCGUCGGUCGCGCGGCCGCCACUUCAUCGGGGCUUGCAAGCCUGCAGAAUGACAUUGGAGUGCUGGCGGGAACGAACAAGCUCCUCCAAUCGGACCUAGCGGGUAUUCGUGCCGAGCUAGACGCCAGCAAACAGUCGGCCAAGACGGCCGAAUCGGACGCGGCUGCCUCUCGGAAUGGCCUCGCCAAGGCUGCUCUAGAGGUCGUCGAAAAGCAACGCGCAGUCGAUACCCUCCAGGCGGAAGUCGCGGGUCUGCAGGCCAAGCUUGACAUUGCUGCUCAAACCGUCCAGGAGCAGCAGGUUCGACUUGGCCAGCACGAGGUGCAGGCGGGCAAGUCGUCGACGAAUGUGGGGGAAAUGCGGACGCAGCUAGCGGACAUCAUGGCGGAAGGGGAGCAGCUGCGAGAGGAGAAGGCCAGUCUCGCUCAGCAGCUCAAGAUGGCGGAGGAGAAGCACGAGGCGGCACUCAAGGCGGAGGUGAUCCGUCUCGAAGGGGAGGUCGACAAGACUGUGGUCAAGCUGCGUCAUGAUCUCGAUGCUGCGGCCGUCAAGGAGCACCACCGGCAACAAUUGGUCGAUACGCUCCGGAAGCAGGUCGAGGCUCUUACCGCCCAAGUCAACUUGCUUCAAUCCCAGGCCCAGCAGGCGCUCGCGGACGUCACGAUGGCGGAGGAGUCACGUCGGCGGACCGCAUCUGCGUCAGCAGCUGAGCUUUCCAAGCUCCGCGCCAAGGCGGAAGAUCUCGAGAAGAUUCGAGCCGUCCUGCAAGAGGAGCUCGAGGCGAUGCGGGUGGCGGAGAAGGAGCGGGCGACAGCUGCUCUUUGCGCCGAGCUGCUCUCUGUCAGUGGGCCUGCAGCCGACGAUGCUUCUAUCGCCAAACAGCUAGCCCAGUCUCAGGCGGAGGCUGCGGACCUUCUGCAGGUGUCGCUGGUGCUGGAGAAAGAGAAUGACGAUUUGAGGGAGAAUCUGGGGAAGCUCCAUCGAUUCUUGGCGGCAAAGCUAGCUGAUCAAACCCAGCCGAGCUCUGCCUCAGCUGAUGACCCCAUACAGCCUCAAUCCAUGCUACCGGAUGACGACCCAGAACACCACGCACCCUCGACGGCAAUCACCUCUGCAUGA